AAAGAAAACUCAUUCUCGCCAACGCAUCAGCAACCGCAGCGUUGCAAAGGCAAAUCUCCCAGAACACCACCAAAUAUACCGCAGAUGUGCACCACUCCUCCGCUUCCCUUAUUCGGAGUGCAGCAAACGAAUUCUCGCAGCCCUCAUACAUUGACUACCAGUCCCUUGUCGAAUUGUGUGCCAGAAUUAUCCAGUUGUUUCAAUUCAUGCAGUCCGCUAGAAGCACAGCAAAUGUUUCUUCAAGAUUUACAUUCCACAACGUUUCCCACUGCCGAUUUGACUCAGAUAAUUCCGCCGGAUAUGUCACUAGAAUCUUGGAUGACAUGGUUGGCAGCAAAUCCAUCUUAUAUCCCAUCGAAUAUCCCACUCACUGAUCCCUUAUCUAUACUAACGGCCGGCAGUGCUGGAGCUCCUAGACCACCGGUUGAGAUCCCCCAGCAGCCACGUUUCCACUAUACCCGUGGCCCUCGCAACAAACGUCGCUCCAACCCACAGAAGCAACCCUCGCCUCGAGCAGCAGCACCGCCUUUGUCUUUCAGCCCAACUGACUUUCCGCCAUUGCAGUAA